AUGAACCGCCAAUUCGAUAAACAAUACCCACUGGACCCGAAAAGUUCUCUCGAAGAAGAGGACUACUUCGACAGCCUGCAAACCUCCGGCAGGCGGCUUGGGCCGUCUCUCGACGUGCGCGUACCGUCUCUCAAAGUCGUCGCCAACGGCGGAAUUAUUGCUGUUCCUGGCUUGGGAGCAGACCCUUGUUUCACAUGGACCAAGAAAGUCGAGGUGUCCCCCGGAGAGCCUUUUGAAGGUCGUGAUGCCACCAAGUCCAAAUCUAAACACAAUGAGAAGGACCAAAAGGUUCACCUCCUUCUACUGUUGAAACAAGUCUUCCCGACGGCUAGAAUCCUAUGUUAUGUCGAUAACACUGCUUGGUUCCGUGAGCCCAUCAUCAAGACGCCACGACAGAUUGGAAUAUGCUUGCAGGGAAAAAUCAAGGCAAAGCGAUUGUCAAGCGUAAUGGGCAGCAGCACCUUCUCAGGAAAAAUGGCUAACGCUCUUCUAGCGCCUCCCCAUUAUAUUCAUAGGCCACAGUCUAGGAGGAAUCAUCAUCAAAGAGGUACAGCAAUUCGAAUGCAAGAACUCAUCUUGUACGCUAACUAUUGCGAGGCCCUAUGCGCGGAUCCGUCCAAAAGCAUCAUUAGCGAUACUGUGGGCAUCAUAUUUCUCGGUACCCCUCAUCAGGGCGCACGACUGGUGAGAGCCGCCGCUCUCCUGGCUCCGGUGCCGAAGCGUUUCGGUUUGGUAGAUGAUACAUUGAUCAAGCAUCUGACCGAGCAUAACUGCGACCUUAGCAACCUCGCCGACAGUUUCGACAAAUUGAGAAGUCAUAUAGAGGAAACGGACCACAAAAUUCGAAUUGCAGCAUUCUACGAGAGCAAGCCAGUUCCUGGCACUAGUAAGACUUUGGUUUCGCGUGACUCAGCCAUUGUCCACGCAGACGCCUUUGAGAAAUGGCUCGUCAAUACCGAUCACUCAAAUCUGAAUAAAUGUUCCGGCGUACAGGAUAGUUAUUUCGUCGACCUGACCAAGGCAAUAGCGCGACUGCGUUGCCCAUCACGGCUCCAGCUAGCCGACUCAAUGAUCCAUAAUCAGCACUACAACGCAGAUAGGCUCAAAAUCACACGACUCUCAGGGAACGGUGUAGAUCUGAGCCAGUGCUAUAUCAACCUGGCCAUUGAGCAAGAAGCUCUUGGCCAGGAAUCAGCCGACCCAGAAAACCGAAACACAUCGGACACCUCAUUCCCGCAAGAGGGGGUGGAGGACCUAGACAGCUCAAGAGCGUUAGAUUUGAAAACCAUCUUCGACCGACGCAAUGGGCGUGAUGGUGCUAUGAUAUGGCCUCGGAGAAUAAUGAUUCGCGGCCGUGCUGGAGUGGGCAAAUCUACCUUGUGCAAGAAGAUAGUCCAUGAAUUUGUCCAUGACGAAGCAUGGCGAGAACUGUUUCAUCGCAUACUGUGGAUACCUUUAAGACAUCUUGCACGAACUGACCGAACGAUGAAAUCGGGAUACUGUCUCAUUAGUCUCUUUCAAGACGAGUUCUUUCCCGAGCAUCACGAGCUCGCUGAAGAAUUGGCACGGGAUUGGAGCCGCAAGCGCGACAAAACGCUAUUCGUGCUGGACGGACUCGAUGAGGUAUCACAAGUCCUUGAAAGUGAAGAGAGCGGCAUGAAGGAUUUCAUCGAGAGGCUUCUGGAGCAGCCCAAUCUCAUUGUCACAUCACGAUCCCACGUUAGCCAUCCAGCCCUCGGCAAUGUGGAUCUCAGAGCAGAAGUAUUGGGAUUUCAUCCAGAUCAGGUGAUAGCCUACCUUGAGGCUGAUCCUAAGAUGUGCUCAAGAAUCGACGAGUUUCAGACUUGGCUCAACGAGCGCUGGGUCCUUCGUGGCCUUGUACGAACUCCCAUACUUCUGGACGCACUUUGUCUCGUCUGGGACAGCCCUGGUCGCAAGACUAUUAGCGACACCAUGACUGGAAUCUAUAUUGCCAUCACUCAAGAGUUGCGGAGCAAAGACAUCAAAAAGCUUGACUUUGAUCAUUCUACUAGUCUUUUGGAUGUCGAAAUCAAGUCAAAAUUUCAGAGUGUCGAGACCAUCCUUGAACAUCUCGCAUUCAGUGGCCUUGCUAGCAACCUCGAGGACUUUACAACCCAUCAUCGUAACAAGAUUGCUGAAAGAUUUCGGCCACCAAAGGCCAUUUCGUUGAAUGAGACCUUGGGUAGAAUAUCUUUCAUGAGGUCAUCGGAUGGUCCAGAGCACUCCGACCGCGACUAUUACUUUAUGCACCGAACCUUUCAGGAAUUCUUUGCAGCACAGUAUUUUGUUCGACGGUGGAUAUGUUCCUCGGAACUUGAAUAUGCCCUUAAUGCGGAAAAGCCAAAUGAGGAGCAUCGCCCUACUCACCCUGUCAAGUUCCUUGAGAGAUACAAAUAUAAGGCUCAGUAUGAUGUGUUUUGGCGGUUGGUAACUGGCCUGAUAGCUACAGAGCACGGCAGUCAUCUUGAGCGGUUCUUUGCUGCACUGGAACAAGAACCAAUCGAUCUGCUGGGGCCGGCACACCAACGACUGAUUAUGCAUUGCUUGGCUGAAGUUGCCGCGAACACAGAGCUGCUUGUUCGAUCCAAGCUGGAGCUGAUGUUGUCCCACUGGGCGCACUUUGAAUACACAUUCGGGCUAUAUGAACGACUGAUACGGGAACCAGAGUUUCCAAUGUCGUCCCUGAUCUUGGUAGCCGACAACAUGGCCCGGAUCAGUACUUCCACAUCUGAUACUUUCUCUGAUAUAAAUAUUAGUCUGGGCCAAUUAGAGGCUAGCAGGCGACAGUUACCUGAGUCAAUGGAGCAUUUGAUCUUUGAGUUGUUCACUAUGACGGACUAUUGUACCGCUUGGAGGAUUUUGCGUGGCCGUGCAAGCCUUUCAAAGACGACUGCGCGCGCAAUAAAGGCGGUGCUCGAAGACGCACAGCAGAGCGGUACAAGGCGCAUGCGCGCAGCAAAGAUUCUACGGGACCAUCCUCAUCUUGUAAGGAGAAUGUUGGUAGACCUGACUGCUUCACUCGAAAGCGAGGAUCCAGUCCUUGUCAUUGCCGCUGCUAUGGCUUUGGGGAGCCAGGUGAAUCUUGCCGCAGAAACACAGGAAAGAAUAGAGGAACUGCUAGUGACGCUGCUAGAAAACAAGUACGACUGGGUCAGGAUUCGAGCCUCGAAAGCUCUAAUCAGGAUUGAGACGAUGUCUGAGACGACGCAAUUAUAUCUGCUACACAUGGCAAGGAUACACCCAGACGAAGGGAUUCGCGAACUUGCUAUUGCAACUCUGCAGCGAAGAGCCCAGCUUUCUGGAACAAUCCUGAUGUCACUGGCAGAGGCCAUUGCAAACGUCAAUGACUCGAGGCUUGCUCAUAUAGCCAUGUCUAUAUUGAAUUUCGAGCGAUCAGAACUUUCAGGGCCGCUACAGGAAACUUUGGUCGAACAUUUCCAACGCAUGCCUGGUUUACACCCCAUCAUCGCCGAGUUACUCGGUAAUCAGGAAAUCCUAUCAGAAAAAACAUGCACGACAUUAAGUCAAGUAAUCAGCGACAAGUCAAUUUCCGAGGACCACCGGCGAUAUGCAAUCCAAUCGUUCAACUCCAUGGUGAAUAUUCCAUGGCCAAUAGUUGUUGCGAUGACGAAGCUGGUCACUGAUGACAGCGAGAAUUACAUACUCCGCGAAACUGCGGCCAGCACAUUAUGCCGGGAAGACGAGUCGCCCGCUAUGACGGAGGAUUUGCAAAGAUUACUUGAACAUGAUAGUGACAGCAUGCAGCACUACGCUCUUUACAACUUGAUCGAUCGCGAUAAUUGGCGAAUCACAACGGAGAUGCUUUGUGUCUUCCUACAGCAUCAAAGGAAUUCUGAUAUACCACUUCUGGCUGCUCACUAUUUAAAGGACUGCAAUAACCUUGCACGGAGCGAAGAGGAGACGCUUGUGCGUAUCAUAAACACGCCAAAGCAUGAGGACUCCUGGCCUUGGAAUUGGAAGGGCGAUCGUCAUCGGUCGCUGUGCUCGAUUGAAGUCGAUGCCGCGGAGAUCCUGGCCAGGCAAAUACGGCUAUCCGAAGAGGCACAAAACACGCUGCUGCUGCGGCUACAGGACUUGGGGAAGGGGUGGAAAGUCCGACACCUAGCCGCUCUCGCUCUCGGAAGUCAUCUAAGUUUUGCCAAUGUGUCGCUGCUGCUGCAGCUCCUUGAAAAGAGGGACAUUGACGAGGUGUGCCAAAUUGCCACCAUUAUAGCUCUGGUACCGGAUCUUGUCAAUGUCAUUCUCAAGUUGGUCGGAUGGCACGCAAAUGCGGAGCAGCAGCAGGCGGGGACUGCCGCACCUGCCUCAUGGCGUGUGAAGCUCAUUACAGGCCUAUACGAAGGUCUGUUGGAUCGCGGUUUUAGGGAACAGGUGACAUUGUGUGUAUAUGACAAUGCUUGUAUUAUUGAUCAGCCCCAAGGACGUCAUCUAGUGCCUCUCCAUGACUUUGAUCUCGACAGUCUGAGGAGACACAUUGCCUGGCGACAGCAGCUCAUCAACGAAAAAAACUACAUGCUCUGGUCUAGAUAUGGCUGA